AUGGUCGCUGACGCUGUUGUCUACCACCCCUCGGUGGCUCACUACUUGCGCUUUGUCGCUACUACUCUCGGUCGUGACAAGGUCCUGAGAACACUGCAAUACUUUGCCCGCUUCUACUCCUGGUAUCUCUUCCGCACCAACAACACCAAAGCCGUCAUUGCCCCCUGGGACGCCAUCAAGAAACAGUUUGGUUUGACGCGAAAAGUGCUCCGCGCCGGCAAAUUUGUCGAGCACCUCAAGGCCGCUGCCGUCGCAUUCGACAACAAGAACCCCGCCGACCCCGUCCUGAAGAACCUGGCCAUCGGCCGCCAGCUCGGAUAUGCGGGCUACCUCGGUCUCGAUGUUUUGACGCUCGUCGACGCCCUCGGUGUCAAGAAAUUUGAGAGCGCCAAGAAGCUCCAGGAGCACGCCUACCGUGCGUGGUUCUCUGGGCUUGUUUUCAGCUUCGCUGCUGGUGUCUACACGCUAUACCGCCUGGCCGAGAAGGAGAAGACUGUUGACAGGAAGGAAGGAGAGGGAGUUGUCGAGGCCAAGAAGAUUGAGAGGGAGCGCGUCGCUGCUCGAAUCCAGCUCGUUUCCGAUGUCUGCGAUCUGACUGUCCCGAUUGCCGCCCUUGGUUAUGCUAACCUAGACGAUGGCAUUGUCGGUAUUGCCGGUACCGUCAGUUCCUUGAUUGGUGUCUGGUCCGCCUGGAAGAAGACCGCUUAA